CGUAUCGCAGCAGCGGGCAAAACCACUCGAUGUGGUGUCUACAUAUAUAUGUCUAUGGUGUCAAACCGCACGGGAAGCACUGAAAACACGAGUUUUCUGUCACUUUCCCCCAGUAACUAGCUCGUUAAGAGACUGUUGGAGAUGUUGGAUCCACCCCCUGUGCAUUAAGUCGCCACACAAACCAAGGAUGCCACGGAAGAAAAUAAUUAUAAUAAUUUAAAAAGGGUUCCCGGAGAUCUACUGCGGAACCUUACACCGAGUAGCACGUUUCCCCCCGGAACGCAGCAGCGCGCACACCAGCGUGCAACAUGUAAACAGAGGGGAGAACCUGCAGCCCGGCGGGAAUAACUCACUCAGCUUUGGGGCAAUAUUACAAUAUCAGUCAUGACGGACAUUUUAACGCUUGUUUUCCAGUCUUUCGUGUCAGAAACGUGUCCGCAGACGGAGCCUGCGUCCAGCGCCGCCCCCGCCUGCAGCACCCUGGUGGUGGGGGAGCAGCGGCUGAGCCGCCCCCUGCUGCUGCUGGCCGCCGUCACCGCCGCCUCCCAGCUGGGCGUCAGGGUGCUGUUCUUCACCCACACACAGAUCCAGAGCCUCCCGCCGGCCCUGCAGAGGAGUCUGCCCAACCUGGGGCUGGACGGGCUCAAGAAAAUCACAUUCCACUAUCCCCGGACGCUGGAGGAGCUGCUGCUUCAGGUGUCCAGCCUGCACGAGUCCCCCACACCUCCUUCUCUCAUCAUAGUUGACGGACUGGAGGCGUUUCUGUGCGGCUCUGCCGGCGGCAGCCACGGUGGAUUUCACUCAGGAGAGCAGUCCGGCUCCGCACACUUGUCUGCACUGCUUUGUGACACCGCUGCUUUUCUCACACAAGUCCUGGAACAACGGGGGUCGAGCUCAGGGCCUUGCCGCAUCAUCGCCUCUUUCCUGUCAGAAGUGGACACUGAGGUGGAGCACAAAAAAUCCUCUGCCGCAACACCCGUCCUCGAGGUGCUUGACCGCUACUUCCAGGUGCGCUGCACUCUGGACCAAGACAAAGACGAUCAAGCUGCAGCAGUCGCAGUGCAGGAGUUGUGGCACAUUUACCUUUCUGGAAGAGGAAUCACAGAGGCCUCUUCUGCCAGCGAGGGUGCUGAUAGCCCAGGUGUAGCUCAGGAGUGGGAGCUUCUACUUUUUCCUGAUGGUUUAAUGGAGUUUAGGUUAGUUUGAUAAAGUUAAGCAGUGGAAAAUUAGUAGCAACUGCCAAAAUUAUCGAAGAUGACCACUUAAGUUUGAGAUGCAUUUAAUGAGUUUGAAGUUUGAUAACAUACUGUAAAGAUAUGCUAAACACACAGGCUUUUGCACAAAAAUGUUUACAAGAUUGUGUUUAAUUUAAGUCAUCUCCAAAGUUUUGGCCCAAGACUAUUUUUAUGAAACCAAAGUUAUAACGGAACUCAAAAGUAUUAAAAAUACACAGUGUCUUUAAAAGAAGCAUAUUUGUAUCUCAUGUUACUCCUUUUCUUAAGUUUGAGAUGUUCUGCAUUUAAUGAGUUUGAAGUUUGAAUAACAUACUGUAAAGAUAUGCUAAACACACAGGUUUUUGCACAAAAAAUGUUUACAUGAUUGUGUUUAAUUUAAUAGUCAUCUCCAAAGUUUUGGCCCAAGACUAUUUAUAUGAAACCAAAGUAAUAACGGAACUCAAAAGUAUUAAAAAUACACAGUCUCUUAAAAGAAGCAUAUUUGUAUCUCAUGUUACUGCUUUUUUUACAUUAAUAAACACAUUUAAA